AUGGCGACUGCUCAACUCCCCGCGGGCUCCCGGUCUGGCCGCCUUGCGGAUGACGCUGCGACCGCCGCGCUCUAUGUGACACACCCCGAACGCAAAGCUUCGAUCCGCAACUCGACCGCAACGGAGGAGUUCAAUCCCCGUGUCACGGGCACGCCCAAUCUCAGCCGCGCCUCCGCCAGCGCCGCCCUCCUUGCGCACACGAGGUCCAAGCCCGUUGAAAUAUGGCGUCCUGGACGACUGCCGGCCGCGGAAAAGGCCGCCUUAUGCGUGAAGGACUACACUCCCCCAGAGAUCCCGAUGCCAAAACCCAGCACCGAAUACAGCGCCGAAGGACUUGAAGCUGCCGUGCUUGCUGUCCGCGACCAGAAGAGCGGGACCAGUUUGCCACCGACGGCCACGGGCCCCAAGCACGAUGCUUCGGUCAGUGCCGCGUCUGAAGCGUCGCAUGCGCGACCCGCUGCGCGAGGGCGCCUCGAGGGCGAAGAAGAUCAGCUGGCUCACACCGACCGCGCCAAUGAGGCUAGUCGUAUCCAGCAUGCUCAUACGAAUGCUCGACUUUACACUUCAUCGCCCCCCGUCGCGACGGAGGUAGAGGAGCGCAAUCACAGGAACUCGCUUCGCGCUGCCGCGAUCGUCAUGGCUAAGGAUAAGCAAGAUGUCUCCGAUAAGGUUAGCCCGGGUGUAACGGAUACUACUGCUCUUUCCGCAGCGCAGAAAGGACAGCACUCGGCGCGCUCGAGGAAGGCCGUUAAUGAAGGGGCAGAUAAAAGGACCACCCUACUCCAAGCAAUCGCGUUGCAAGACGCUGCGCAGAAGCGUGCUACCGAGAAGCUCGCUCAGAUGAAGGAUCCGAACGCCGAGUACCUCGAGUACUACGGGACCACGCCGCAGCCACAACAGUCCCGCUGGGCGACCCGCCGCAAAAGAACCUCGAGCGAUGCGGAUUCUGUGCAGGUGGAUGAGGAGCGGUCGAGACAAAUCCGCAGCCAGAUGUUCAGUCUGCAGAAGAAGAUGAAUCGGGUUGAUAACCAGAGAGAAAAAGAUCGCGAGCUGCUCUUGAAGGCGGCACAGCGUAAUGUUGAUGCCACCAUGCAGGACCUCGAGAUGCAAGUCUAUGCCGACACAGGUCGCCCUACGCCUUCCAUGCUGAAGGAGUGGGAUAAAGCUGCCCAGGGACGUGCGCAGAAAGAAAUCGAUACUGCGGAAGCUUCUGGUGCUGUGCAAGGGGAGCAAGUCAAUAUCGGUACCCACCAGUUCAUGGAUAUGGCAGACGUUGAAGCUGUGGCGCGCUCUCGCCUUCAACCUGCGCUUGAUGAGAUCACGGACCAGGCGGAGACACAGAGGGCUCAUGAUGUGGAGGCCCGCUUGGAUGAAGAGGAGGAGAGGAGACAUGCGUCUGUGGAGCGUCAGCGGGAGGCUGAUCUGAGGGCUGAGGAGAAGCGUCAGAAGAAAGGUACGUUUUAG